GUGAACGGCAGAUGGUGCGCUUCGAAGGUAGACGGGAAUAUGAGUAUCGUUGCGAUUAUAUCCUGCCCAACCUUGCAUUACGUAACUGAAGAGCCGCCGCCAGAGACCACUACCAUUAAUCCAUUUGAGUCUCGCUCAGUACCGAAAAAGCCUGAGUAUGAAGCUGAAACGGAACCGCCACCUCCAGAAAGCUUGUGCAUUCCCUUCCGAUACGGAGACAAAAUCGUGAACGGAUGCGUGGGCGAGGAAGGGAAGGAGGAGAUAAUUAAGACGGAGGGAGAAGGAGGAGAGAUAACCUGGUGGACAGUGAAAGGCAGAUGGUGCGCCUCAGAAGUAGACGAGAAUCUGAAUCCCGUAACCAUUAUACUGUGCGACGUGUGCGUUCCCUUCAGCCUCAAAGGGAUGCUCAUGAGGGGCUGCGUGGGCGGCCAGUGGUGCGCCGCAGAGGUGGACGAGGAUAUGAAUGUCUUGAGGGCUAUGAGCUGUCCGGAAAUUUCUUCCGUAACAGAACCACCGCUAGAGACCACUAGCACAUUUGAGUAUGAAGCUGAAACGGAAGAGCCACCUUCAGAAAGUAGUGGGUGCGUUCCCUUCCGCUACGGAGAGGAAAUCGUGAGCGGAUGCGUCGGCGAGGAAGGGAAGUGGGCCAUAAUUGAGGUAGUGGGAGAAGGAGGAGAGAUGAGAGGGACAGUAGUGAAGGGCAAAUGGUGCGCCACAGAAGUAGACAAGAAUCUGAAUAUCGUAUCAGUUAAAGUCUGCACAACCGUCCCUGUGCCACCCAUGGGCGCCGCCACUACACCCACCGGUGAGGCUGUGACCGGACUGUGUGUUCCUUUCCGAUACGGAGGGGAAAUCGUGAGCGAAUGCAUCGGCGAGGAAGGGAAGUGGGAGUGCCCAAUGGAGCAGUGUGUUCCCUUCCGAUACGGAAAGGAAAUUGUGAGCGGAUGCAUCGGCGAGGAAGGGAAAGUGGAGACAUUUGAGUUGGCGGGAGAGGGAGGAGUGAAGUUUAAGUUGACCCUGAGCUACAGAUGGUGCGUCUCCAAAGUGGACGAGAAUUUGAAUGCCAUGAAGAUUAUAAGGUGUCCGGAAAUGGCUCUGGAUGUUUCCUCCCCAGCUCCACCCGAAGAACCACCAGUGGGUGCUGCCACUACGGCCACAGGUGAGAAUGUGAACCUCUUAUGUGUGAUCAUGUUGACAUUUGUGGUUUUGACCAUGCACUCUCCAAGUGAACAGCCACCAGUAAACGCCACUGAAUGUGUUCCCUUCCGACACGAUGGUGAAAUUGUGAGCGGAUGCAUAAUGAACUGUAUACCUUACCCUCAGCUCCAAGUGAACAGCCACCAGUGA